GGUCACUAUUGAAAAUGGAGCAGCUGUAAAGAGUGCUGCCGAUAAAGCAAUUAUGGACCCGUCAGUGCUGCUUAUCCAAUCCUGUGGUUUUAGCUUCUUCAUGUUUGCAAUUAUUAGAGAGGAAUAUUCAUAAUGCUCUGUUGAACCUGUUGAACAAAUAAUUGAGGCACGCUCAUUGGCUCCUGUAGUCCCUAGCUUAUCUAAUUUCGACACUAUAUACUUGGUAGAAGAGAGGCCAGAGCGCACACAUCCAAAAAUUUCAUAUUCGAUCAUCUCUUCUUUUUCUCUUACAAUUAUAAUCAAGUUAUAACACGAAAAAUGGCUGAGGCACUCAUCUCUGUGCUUCUAGAGCAAUUGGCUUCAGUAGUAGAUAUACACACAAAUGAAGUGGUGAAACUGGUUUUGAAGGCUGACAAAGAUGUUAAAAGUUUCAGCAGCAAGCUCAAAGCCAUUCAAGCUGUGCUGGAGGAUGCAGAGAAGAAACAAGUGACGGAGGCCAGGGUCAGAGACUGGUUGCAGAAGCUCAAAGAUGUAUCGUACGAGAUGGACGACGUCCUAGACGAGUGGAACACUGAAAUUUUGAAACAACAAGUGGAGGAAGGCAAGAAGAAGGUAUGUUUCCCCACUCCUGCCAAUUGCUUUUGUUUUGGCCAAGUCAAUAAGGCAAUUCAUCAUCAUAGCAUUGCUAGAAGGAUAAAGUGAAUGAGAAACUAACUGUGAUUGCUGCUGAAAGAGAAAUGUAUGGCUUUCAUCAAUCUACAAUAGGUGGCCAUGAUGAUCAACAGCGUAUUCAUCGACGGAAGACUUCAUCUUUGGUCGAUAUAUCUAUGAUAUUUGGCCGAGAAGAAGAAAAAGAGAUGUUGUUGAGCAAGUUGUUGAGAGGGAGUAACGAAGAUGGGGGGAGGUUCCUUGUCAUCCCUAUUGUAGGGAUGGGAGGCAUGGGGAAAACAACUCUUGCCCAAUUAGCCUAUAACAAUGAAAAGGUUGCAGCCCAUUUUGAUAAGAAAGUAUGGGUUUGUGUCUCAGACCCUUUUGAUGAGAUCAAGAUAGCUAAAGCGAUCAUUGAAAGUCUCUUAGGAACCCCAAGCAGUUCAAAUGAGUUGGAAAUUUUGUUGCAGUGUAUCAAGACUCAUAUUGAGAAUAAAAAGUUACUCCUUGUUCUAGAUGAUGUGUGGACCGAAGACGAAACAAAGUGGGAAAAUUUGAAACUACCAAUAAUAAUGCGAAGUUGUGAAGAAGGAAGUUCAAUAUUGGUUACCACGCGAAAACAAGGGGUUGCUAAAAUGAUGAGAGCAACCAACAACAUGAUCUAUUUAGAUGAGUUGAAUGAUGAGGAUUGUUUGGCUUUGUUCAAUAGCAUCGCGUUUUUGGAUAGGAAAGAAGAUGAGGCUGAUGAGUUUGGAGCUAUUGGUAAGGAAAUUGUGAAACGUUGUAAAGGUUUGCCUCUUGCUGCAAAGACUUUGGGUAGUCAACUGUGGUAUAAGAAAACAAGAAAGGAAUGGUGGGAUGUUUUGAAUAGUAAGAUAUGGGAAUUAGAAGAAGUUGAGGAACAAGUUUUCCGACCACUGUUACUUAGUUAUUAUGAUUUGGCCCCUGCAGUCAAAAGAUGUCUUCUGUAUUGUGCAAUAUUUCCCAAAGAUUAUGAGCUCAAAAAAGACAAUUUGAUUGAACUUUGGAUGUCACAAGAUUAUCUUAAUUCAAAGGGAGAAAAAGAAAAGAGAAGAAUAGGUCAAUGUUAUUUUGAAAGUCUAUCAAUGCGGUCCUUCUUUCAAGAUUUUAGAAAAGAUGUGAUAGGAAAUGUUUAUGGGUGCAAAAUGCAUGAUAUUGUGCAUGACUUUAUGAUGUUUCUUACCAAAAAAGAAUGCACUAUCAUAGAUGCAGCCAAGGGGGCUAAUAAAAAAAUAGAGCCACCGGGUGAUAAGGUUCGUCAUUUGACCUUAAUAAGUGUACAUGAAGGUCCACUUCCUACUUCAUUUGUCAAUUGCAAAAAUAUGCGAACCCUCACACUCCUUGAUUCGCGCAUUACAACCAUAAGCCCCGGUUCAAUUAUGCAAAUGAAAUGCCUCAGGACAUUGAAUUUGAGUUGUAACAAGCUCAAUGAAGUUCCAAAAGAGAUUGGUGAAUUGAUUCAUUUGAGAUAUAUGGAUUUGUCUGGUAGUUAUAAUUUGAAAGAAUUACCGGAUGCUGUGUGUGAUUUAUACAAUCUACAAACUCUGGUCCUUGUUGUGUGUAGUAAACUAGAGAAACUACCCAAGGCAAUGGGAAAGUUGAUUAACUUGAAGCAUCUGUAUGUUCGGGGUUGUUGGAGGCUGAGCUACUUACCGAAAGGGAUUGGGAGUUUGAAAAGUCUGCAAGUACUGGACUGCUUUUAUGUAUGUGAGGUUGAUGAUGAUGAUGAUGAAGCAUUGAAAUUUGGAGAUCUCGGAAUCAUGGACCAGCUUCAGGGGAGCCUUUCUAUAGCAUAUUUGGGGAAAGAUGAUGCGAGUGAGAUAGAGAAAGCACAGUUGGGGAAUAAGGAGCACCUCUCUCAUUUGGUAGUAGAUUUCCUCGGAGGUCAAGAGCAGAGAAAAGGCGAUGAAGAAAUAGUGAAAGCAUUGCAACCACAUCAAAAUUUGGAAUCUUUAUCCAUUUUGUGGUGCCAUGGCACCACCGAAUCUCUCUAUUGGAUCAAGUCUUUACACAAUUUGAGAAAACUUGAUCUCAGUUGCUGGAGAUUUUGUGAAGUUUUGCCUCCUCUUGGAAAAUUGCCAUCGCUUGAAAUUCUGACAAUAUCGGAGAUGUUGAAUGUGAAAAAGGUGGGAGUUGAAUUUGUGGGAAUAGAAGAAGAAGAAGAAGUCUCAGAAAUUCUAUUCCCCAAAUUGAAACGACUCUCUUUUUCAUCAAUGGAGAACUGGGAAGAGUGGGCCUUUCUUUCUGAAAUCACAAUAAUGCCACGCCUUUCUGAGUUGCAAAUUUCUGGGUCCCCAAAGCUAAAAGCACUGCCAGACUUCCUCUACAAGAUAAAAGCACUGCGUACAUUGGACAUUCGGCGUUGUCCAAUUCUGGAAGCAGAAUACGAAGAAGGCGUGGGGAAGGAGUGGCACAAAAUUUCUCACAUCCCAAACCUCACAAUCCAAUCUGGAUGGUUGAACUAAACAGCAGGGAGCUCGGUAAUUGGUGUUUCUGCAAAUGGACCGUUCAAAUGCUGCUAUCUCAAUCGUUGAAGCCUACUUGAAGGCUGAAGUCUCUGGUGGAAAUGAAACUGAUUGGAAUUUGAGAUGUGAAUUGAUCAGAUUUCCCUUAAUCAAAGAGUAAGAGGAGAUUGCUUCUGGCUCACAGUGAUAUGUUGGAGUGGAGUCACUAUCAAGCGUACACCAUAAAGGAAAUUUAAUAUAUAUCCAUUUGACUGAUUGAAGUGAGGGCUCUCACCUAAACUAGGUAAAUGUGUUAAGCAACAUGCCCAUAAAGGCUGACCUUGAUCGAAAUCACUAAAUCAGUGGCCCUAAGAUUGCAAAUAUGGCGUUGCAUAUAUGUUUUAGUUACAGAUUGAUGUUUUAAAGUUUAGUACCGUCCAGAGCUUGAUAAGUGCAUGUAUAGUAGGAUAGAAUUUAAAGAUAGAAAAUCAAUUGAAGGUAAAAGGGGGUUCAUUAAUUGGGUCUACAGGAUUACAUAGGCAAAGUGAGUUGUUUCAUUCCUUGUACAGUAACUCAUGUUUCGUGUGUCUCAAAUUUGUUGAGCAACAAUAUAUGCAUAAUCAUUUGAAGUUAAAUGGUGGUUCAGUAACUGAAGCUACAGGAUUCUGUUGAGUGGUGAGUGGUUUUUGUUCCUUGUAAUUGUUGCUUGGUGCAUCUGAUACUCCUAUAUAAUUUUGCUUCUUUGUAUCAAUAUCAUAAGGAACUUUAAGUUCUUUUGUUUGAAACUGGUAGUGAUUCCUCGGGACCUUCGGUGUUAACUGUUAUUGAUCGUUAUGGUCCCCUGCUUUCCCUCUUCAUAAGAUCAAAUCUUAAAGCUUUUGUAUGUUAUACUGAAUCACUGAUGUUUAUUUCUUACUGAAAAAUAAUUAACUAUUUUCUACGUACUCAUCGAUACAAGUAAUAUAUUCAGGUAUCAUAUUUGGGUUUCACGUACUUUUUGCAUCAUAAGAGUUUACUCAUUAAUUUGUUUUACUGAAAUCCGCCGCUUGCAGAAGUUGGUUGCUAGCUUAUUUGUUGAAGCACCAAAUGAUCAUUAGCUCCCGCUGGAGUAAGGAACGUACACAUUGUAGGAAGGAUGAUUAUCAAGCAAUGGUGGUACGCACCAAAAUGGUGGUAUCCAUUUGACUCGUUGAGGCGGCUCUUACCUAAACUAGAAAAUUCUUCAACAUCACCUUUUCACUGUUGCACCUAGCCCGUGCUAGACUAGCCGCUGCUGCCCAACUGUGUGCCCCUGAGCUGCACUCUGCCCCUGCAGCCCUUAUGCACCCGUGUGCCGCCUACUGCCCCUGCAGCAUCCCCGCACGCCUGCUGCCCCUGCAGCACAGCAGGACGCUCGUUCCUGUGCAGAUCAGCCUGCUUGGAAGCCCCAAAAAAUAUUGAUUGGGACCUCAGAUCAAAAUCUUUCCUUCAUCAAAAUUGUUCAUCUCUGUCUCUUCUAUCUGACCUCCGAAUUUCAACCAUAUCGGAGUUGUUUUGAGACUUGUACACUAAUCAAAGUGAAAGCUGUUCAGAGGCAAAUCUGCUCCGAUUUUCAACGAAAAAAUCAUUGAAAACCGUCGCUGCCACCUUCAAGCAUCACUGCAAGAAGCUCCUAGCCCACGCUAGCCUCAUAUGCGUGCCUGCCCCUACAGCGCCUAUGUGCCCCUGCGCACGCAUCUGUCGGCCAGCUCCUCGGCUUACCUCGGCCAGACCUGUAUCGGCCACACAACAGGGAUUGAAAGAUAGUUUGCAAUCCCCGACCCAGGAUCGAUAGCACAUCUGCAAUCCUACACGCCUGCAUCAACACACGCAUGUAUUGAGAAUUUCAAAUUCCGAAAUUCAUGAGAUAAAUAAACAACUUGAAGAAAGUUUAUUGAACCGGGGAGGAAUCCAAGUUCUAAUAACAACAAAUCUUGGUCGAAAUCUACAAGGGAUUCUAAAAGUAGGUCUUGAAGAAAAUUGAAUGUCAAUGCUGUAGGAUAUCGUUACCCUUUUGUUGAAUUUCAGUUCAAAUUUCAUAUGUCAUAUGACAACGACAGUUCCAAGACCCAAUUCUGUCAUAUUUACUGUCUUACACAGAACCCAAUAAAGAGAGAAGGGCAAUGAGAAUCCCCACUAUGAGUGGAGUGACCAAAGAGAGAGAAAAUGGGGUGAAACUGCAGUCUCUCAGUUUGCAGCAGCUGGAGUUUUCCUAUCAUGGUUGCUGAUCACAACUCCAUUACCAGUGUUUUCAUUCUUUUAGCAUCUACUUGAUCCACAAAGAGUGGAAGGAAUCUCUGUUUUUCAGUUUUCAUUGAAACCCAAUUGCCUGCUUUGAAUGUGAAUGGUGUUGUCUCCCCGCCAGUACUGAAAACAGUCAUUUAGUUCACUUGCUGAUUAGAAGUCCUGCAUCUGCUGUCAUUCAAAUCUUUUGGUGCAAGGAGCAAAAGACAUAACUGCAAAGCCGGAUAUUUAGCCGUGGAAGCUCGUUGAACUGAUACUCUGGCCUGGAUCCAAUAUCUAAGGCUUUGUUACUUGUAUAGGGACCCAUCAUUUGCCAAGUCAAAACCAGUUUUGUUGUUGUGCUGUGCCGGAAUCAUGGCAACCCUGUUACAGUCUGAGUCCAGACGCUUGUAUUCUUGGUGGUGGGACAGUCACAUUAGCCCAAAGAACUCAAAAUGGCUUCAAGAAAAUCUUACAGAUAUGGAUGCUAAAGUCAAAGCAAUGAUCACCCUUGUAAAAUGGUUAUUUUGACUUUCUUUGAUUCUCCAAACACUGAAGAAUUUUUAUGGGUGUUGUGGGAACUAUGUGCUCUUGCAAGGUCUGACUGUGGACGCCAGGCACUGUUGGCUUUGGGAUAUUUUCUAGAGGUACUGAUUCGGGUUUAGCGGUGCUGUUGAAUAUACUUGUGAGAUCAUAUAUGAUUAAUAAUGCAGAAACAUAUAAAUAUUUCGGUUUCUUACUUGAGAUGCAUUUGGAUUGGAAGACCUCUGAUCUGGGUGUGUUGUAAAUACUUUGUA